AUGCCCAAGGCUUUAUUUUUGGGAGAUUCUCCUUCAAUUGCAUUUCUUGUUUGGAAUUUAUCAUCUCUUGGUUGGUGGAUAUCAGUAGUUCCAUCUAUGACGUCCAACAAUUACCAGGGAAACAAGCUCACUUUCAAAUCCCACUCGGGCUCAACCACCAUCAAACCACAAGUAUACUCACAGAGUGUAGAGUCACUCAUAAGAAUUCUCCCCGGAGGAAUAAAGUUUGACUUUUUAUUCCUUCUGCUGUACGUGGCAAACACUUUUGGCAACUACAAAAAUACAAUUGAAAAGUUCUUAAAUUCCGAAACUCUAAUCAUUGUGGACGCAAGUAUUCUUUCAACCGCACAUAUUUCGCAACAGUUCCCUCAUCACUCCAGCUUGUAUAUGUAUUCUGAAGUUGAUUGCAGGAAGCUCGAUGAUACCUCAUACCAACUUUUCAAUUCAGAUAUGGACUACUAUAUUGGAAGCACAGGCACUGGGAACACGAAGUCUCCCUUCAUGAGACAUGGCUUAAUCUGGGUGUUAAAAGAUAACUUUGAAACAUUAAAUUGUGGAACCGUUCAUUUGACAUCACCCCGUCACGUGAAGUCUUUAAUUUGGAAGUAUCUUAGUUGCAUGAUAAGUAUCGAGAGUGUUUGUAUAGUGUAUGACGAGCCGAAUGUGUUGGAUUUGAUUAAAGAUUGCUCAUCCUGGCCAAUAAUUAAGGGUUUAUUUAAGGAGCUUACUAUGAUAGCAGAAAAGGGGAAAUUCUUGCUGAGCUCUCCAAGAUCUAUUCUAACUACAAAACUGAUGAAUAAAAUUCAUAAAAAGGAUCUUAGGUCACUUUUAAUGAAAGUGGCACAGAAAUCUAAGGAUCGACUGGAAGUCGAUUCAGAGUCAAUACUCCCACAGUAUAUUCAUAGUCCCAAGAUGUUUUAUGACUUUAGUAGGGAUGGCGGUGAUCCAAUGGAUAUCCCAUAUAUACUCCUUACAUUAUUAGAGUUGGCGGAUUCCUUGAAGGUUCAGGUCCCCUUUUUGGAAUCAUUUUAUGGAAUAAUGAAUAGAUUGAUAUCAAUUAGGGGUGAUCAAUUGAGAGGACAAAGUAAAUCCAAGCUAUUCAAUUGGAAAGAUAGACACAAUUCAUCUCCCUACAUUGUAAAUCAAUACGUAAAUGGGAUCGAGCCAGAAUGUAAUAUGAUGAAUUAUCCGCCAUUCAAUCCUUUGCCACAACCACUGAUCCCUUCCCAAUUUUAUCAAAAUCCGAUCGUAUACAUGUGUAGUGUAAAAGUUGAUGAUGAUCUGAUAGAGGAAACAAUUGACCCUAGCCUACAAGAAUUGGUCAGUGGUACUGAAGAGUUAACCUACGGAGAAGAAAUACAGAUGAAAGAAGAGUUUCAUGAUGCUUUAGAGAGUGAUGAUCUCAACGAGGCUACUCCGUCAGAUUUGCCUAUCACAGCUAGUGUACAGACAUCCCCACCACAGAUGCAAGGCAUUACUCCAAUAGUCUUGCCUAAUGGAGGCAUUUAUUAUCCGCCUCCAGGUGGAAGUAGCAACGUUAUUAAAAAAGCAGAAAGAAGUUUCUAUCAUUCUCCAAAACUCAUAAAUAAAAAUUCAUCAACAAAGCAAUUGUACGAGUCACAUACACAACUUAUGGAAUCCGUACAGUUUAAUAGUUUUAUUGAGAAAUCUACCGGGAGUCGUUAUGGGCAAUUCGAUACAUCAAGCGUUAUUUUGAAAAGUGCAGGAAAUAGCAGUAAAGGUAGCAAGAUUAGUACGCCAAGUAGGGGUAGCUCGAGAUUGGAACUUGCACAGCGACAAGAAAUAAAUAUGGAGGAGACGCUGGUAGAAGAAGAGUGA